AAAAAAAAAAAAAAAAAAAAAAAAAAAAAGAAGAAGAAGAGGAAGAAGAGAAUAUCCGUAUUUCCCAGCAGCAUUGUCAAUGAAUAUCGACCACAGCGACUGAAAGUAAAUGGAUUUGAGGUGAUUUUAGCUCUGUGCGGAGCAUUGAAUCAAGCAAUUUCGAUCUUCUUCGAGACAGGGAACAAUGUCGAUAUCUUCCAUGAAAAUCGCCCUCCCCACCCCACAUCCGCCAUCCGUUCGUCGAGUAAAUCGGCACAGAUACAGGGGCGUUGCUGUUGCAAGUCUGGGAGGAAAUUCUGCUACUUUGGGGGUGAAAGUCACUGAAGGCGAAGGAAAUUUACCAAAGGUUGUGCUCACUUCUCCGCUUGGUAGUGAGGCUGAUGUAUACUUGUAUGGAGGAUGCAUUACAUCUUGGAGACUCGCAAAUGGCAAGGAUGUCCUAUUUGUUCGACCAGAUGCUGUUUUUAACAAGAAAAAACCAAUCAGUGGAGGCAUUCCACAUUGUUUCCCACAAUUUGGACCUGGUCCUAUACAACAGCAUGGAUUUGCAAGGAAUGUGGAUUGGUCCAUCCUUGAUUCCAGAAGUGUUGAAGACAAUCCAGGUGUAACUCUUGAACUAAAGGAUGAUUCAUAUAGUCGUUCCAUGUGGGAUUUCAGUUUUCAUGCUCUUUACAAGAUUAUUUUGGGUGAUAAGAGCCUUUCCACUGAGCUAAUAAUUAAGAAUACCGACAACAAGCCAUUUUCAUUUACUACGGCGUUGCAUACUUACUUCCAUGCUUCUAUAACCGGAGUAAAAGUUGAGGGAUUGAAGGGUUGUAAAACAUUGAACAAAGAUCCAGACCCCGCCAACCCAUUAGAGGGUGUGGAAGAAAGGGACGUGGUCAGUUUUCCUGGAUUUGUUGAUUGUGUUUAUCUUGAUGCACCUGGAGAAUUGAGUCUGGAUAAUGGCUUGGGUGACAACAUAAUUAUCAGCAAUACAAAUUGGUCAGAUGCAGUGCUAUGGAACCCACAUUUGCAGAUGGAAGCAUGCUAUAGGGAUUUCGUUUGUGUUGAGAAUGCUAAGAUUGGGAAGGUCCAGUUAGAGCCUGAUCAAUCUUGGACAGCGACACAGCAACUCAGAAUUGCUUGAAACAUGGACAAGAGCUGCCCAAAUAUUUGAAUCCCUCCAUUAUCACCUAUUCAAGUUCUGGAAAGCUUUGAAUAAUGGGAUUCGUUUUGUAAGAUAUUGUGCUUCUCAAAACUACAUUGUCAACGUUCAUUAGCUUUAUCCUAUUGAACAAUGUAACUAAAACAAUAAAAGUAUUUUGUGAAAGCAUUUUCUGAAGAAUGAAGAUUACGUUUAUUCAA